CGCCGCCGCGGAGCCUAUAAUCAACUUACUCACAUGCCUUAUUUGGUAACACUUGGCCAUGAACCAUUUUCUGCAUACCGAGUUCCCAAGCUCUACUGGUCCUAUCGAGGCAACAUGCGUGGCAACUUAACCCACACCACAGAAUAUGACAGCCUGUAUCAUACGUAGCGAGAUAAGAGCUCGGUUUAUCCCAGGGGUUCAUGUCUUCUUAUCUCCAAUUGCAGCAUUAAUAUCAAUCAGUUGGACGACUUCCUUCCCCUACAAAUCUCGCCAAAAUGGCUGAGCUUAAAGAGGUCGACCCUGUUACUGAGUCCGCCAGUGUUAGCCAGGAUGACGUCCCCUCUCUUCACCAAAAAGAUAAUGUCCUGCUCCGAAAGCUUGGCUACAAGAGCGAAUUCAAGCGCGAAUUUUCGCUCCUAGAGACGAUUUCAUUCUCGAUGGCAAUCAUGGCUGUAUCAUGUGGAACCACGACUGGUUAUUCCUAUCCUUUACUUUCAGGCGGCCAUUUUGCCAUGGUGUGGGGAUGGUUCAUACCAUGCAUAUUCGUCAUGUGUGUUGCUGCUUCGAUGGCAGAGCUGGCUUCUUCUAUGCCGACAAGCGCUGGUUUGUACUAUUUUUCAGCGAAAAUGGCAUCGAAGGAACGCUCUGCUCUUGCGUCUUGGAUAACCGGAUGGAGUAAUAUUACAGGGCAAGUGACCUUGAUUUGCUCUAUAAACUUCAGUUGCACGGAACUCAUUACCACAGCAAUAGCAAUGGGCACGGAUGGCGCAGUGGUCUUGGGAUCGGGUGCAACAUUUGGCAUACUGAUGGCCAUCCACCUCACACAAGCGAUUUUCUGCUCGGCCGGAACUCGUAUUCUGGCCCGCAUGACUGUUGUGACUUUGGUACUCAUUCUGACUACAACGAUUGGGGCGAUUGUCUCCUUGCUCGUCUGCUCCGGCGAUCAGAGAGCCUCAUCGAAGGAUGCGUGGACAAAAUUUGAGAAUAAUACUGGAUGGAGCAACAAUGUCUGGGCUUUCAUUCUCGCUUUUACAUCACCGAUGUGGUCAUUGACAGGUUAUGACUCUGCCGCGCAUAUCGCUGAGGAAACCGCAGGAGCUGCACGCGCAGCACCAAUUGCGAUUUUGGUUGGGGUUGCCGGAACUGAGAUACUGGGCUGGCUUUAUUACAUCGCCGCUUCUUAUGCUACCACCUCGGUUCCAGACAUCCUGCAGACGAAAUUAGCGCUCCCUCUUGGUCAAGUAUUUUUGAAUGUCCUGGGGAAGAAAGGUGCUUUGACCCUCUGGUGCUCCAUCACAGUGUUGCAGUACCUUUGUGGAUGCUCACAAGCUGUUGAUGCUUCACGCGUCAUUUUCGCGUUUUCUCGGGACAACGCUCUUCCCGGCUCGCGGUGGUGGAAGCGCAUCAACUACACAACGCAAACUCCAGUGAAUGCUGUAUGGUUUGCGAUGGUGCUCUCUGCCAUUUGCGGGACACUAGUGUUUUCCACAGCAGCGUUCAACUCCUUGGCCUCGGCGUCUGUCAUAGGUUUAUAUAUCUCAUACGCGACGCCCAUAUAUUGUCGUAUUACCUGGGGGAAGGACAAACUACAACCUGGUCCAUUCAAUCUCGGUUGGUGGUCUUUUCCGAUCGGCUGGACAGGUGUUGUCUGGGUGGCAUUCAUGGUCGUCAUGCUACUCUUUCCAUACACACAGAUAGCCAACGUGCAAACCAUGAAUUACUCAGUAGUGAUUGUCAUGGCCGUCUUCAUAUUUGCCGCAGGAUCUUGGAUAUUCUCCGCGAAACAUUGGUUCACGGGACCCAUCCCGAACAUCGACGCGCAGUCUGACUCCUCAUCGUAUUCGGAGAAGCCAGAUAACACAGAGCAAAAUAGUCUGGAUAUAUAGAAUAUGUAUUUGAUAG